AGGACCAAGAGAGGAGGGAACAAAUGUCGGUGUCGGUGAAGGAGUGGUUGAGCGACACGUGGAGCGACCUCAAGGACGAUCUCAUGGAGGAGCGGAGGAAGACGCUCCGGCGGAUAUGCAAUGGAGUUCUGAUCUUGAGCGUCAUCAUCUUAGUAAUCGUCCUCCUAAUCUGGGCCAUCCUCCGGCCCAAGAAACCCGACUUCGUCCUCCAAGACGCCACUGCCUACGCCUUCAACGUCACCGCACCAAACUUCCUCACCUCCAACAUUCUAGUCAACAUCGAAUCCCGUAACCCAAACGACAAGAUCGGCGUCUACUACGACAAGCUCGACGUCUCCACCAUCUACCAGAACCAGCAGAUCACCUCCUACACCGCCAUACCACCCAUAUACCAGGGGCACAAGGAAGUCAACGUUUGGUCUCCCAUGGUGUCAGGCGUCAACGUCCCCGUGGCCCCAUACAACGGCGUUGCACUCAGCCAGGACCAGGCCUAUGGAACAGUCUUGCUCACCAUCAAGAUUGAAGGACGGGUUAGAUUCAAAGUUGGCACCUACAUCUCUGGCCGCUAUGGCUAUCAAGUCCUUUUUUGAUUCUGGUAAAAUGCU